AUGUCCGUCAACGUGCCUCCGGGCGAUGGCACCACAAUAUCCGGCGGCGGGAUCCCCGUCCCGAACGCGGCAAACGCAAACGUCGGCGCCGCUGCCGAUCACAAGGAGGUUCCGCCCCAGCAGAGCAGCGGCGGCGAUUUCGACGAGGAGGCUGCCGAUGAAGAGGAUGCCGAGAGCUUCCCCAAGUUGUCCAGAUGGAGGAGCAUACUUCUGACGGCUGUUAUUUCCACAGCCGGACUACUGACCGUCCUCAACGUGCAAUCAGUAGUCAUCUUGUUGCCCUCCAUGUCCGCCGAGAUCGGGAUCCCCGCCGCCCGCCAGCAGGUCGUCGUCUCCAUCUACAACAUCUCAACGGGCAGCCUGAUGCUGCUCUGGGGCCGGAUCGCCGACAUCUACAGCCGCCGACUUGUCUAUCUCGCCGGCUCCAGCCUCUUCACCGUGUCCAACCUCUGCCUGCCCUUCACCAAAUAUGAGAUUCCCUUUCACAUCGUCCGCUUCCUCCAGGGCAUGGGCGCCGCCGCCAUUAUCCCCUCGGGCAUCGGCAUCAUCGCCUCGACCUUCCCCCGCGGCAAGGCCCGCAACAACGCAUACGUCUGCAUCUCUGCCGUCGCCUCCGUCGGGUCUGUCCUGGGCAACAUCUUUGGAGGUGUCAUCGGCAGCCUGCUGUCCUGGGAGUGGGUGUUUUGGAUCCCUGCGAUCCUCGCCGCCGUCGCCACCGUGCUGGCCUACUUCGUCACGAACACGCCUCACCUCCGCUCGUCAUCCGCCGACGCGGCGGCGGCUCGCAGCGGCAAGGGCGUGGACUGGAUCGGCGGCGUCCUCGUCUCGAGCAGUCUGGUGCUGCUGCUGGCGGCCUUCACCCAGGCCAACGUCAUCGGCUGGUCGACGCCCUGGAUCCCGCCGCUCAUCGUGGGAUCCGUCCUGCUGCUGGCCGCCUUUUGCUUCUGGCAGCACCGCCUUGAGAAGCUGAACGACCGGGCCAAGGAGCCCCUGGUGCGGGUUUCCAUGUUCAGGAACCUGCAGUUCUCGGCGCUCUUCGUCCUGGUGGGAUGCUUCUACGCCUCGUUCAACAGUUUCCUGGUUUUUGUCACGUUCUUUUACCAGGACUACCUUGCACUGGGAGAGAUCGAUACGACUCUGCGCUUUCUCCCUGCCGGUAUCGCCGGGUUCCUGAUAUCCUUCGCCGUGUCCCCGGCCCUCUCUCGCAUCCGCGCCUUUUACAUCCUCGUCUUGGGGCUGGCCUGUAGCGUCAUCUCCCCGUUCAUCAUGGCCGUCCCCAUCCCCCCCAGCACGUCCUACUGGGCGUACGGGUUUCCGGCCAUGUGCUUGUGCCUCAGCAUCGAGGUCGUCUGGCCCGUCGUCAGCCUGCUUAUUGCCGCUAGGCUGUCCACCGCCGACCAGGGGAUGGGGAGCGGGCUCUUGCAGAGCGUCAACAACGUCGGACGCGCCCUGGGCCUUGCGAUCGCUACUGCGGUUCAGACGAAGACGCAGGGCUUCGACGAGGCGGACGUCGAUACGUUUGAGGGCUCUGCCGGGUUUCUUUACGGCGUGCGGGCUGCGCAGUGGACGAAUGUCGGGUUGGCGGCCACGGCGCUGUGUAUCGCGGUGGCUUUCUUCCGGGACCUGGGGCGUGCCUGA